UACAGCAGCUAGAUGUGACGUCAGGACUUUAUGUCUCUAUCACACACCUGAAUUUAAGGUGGAGCUGUCUUCUCUAAUAUCUAUACUCACAACUCAGCUGUGUCUAACAUUGAUGCAGUUGGACAUAUACUGACACAGUGAGCAUUUCUACCAAUGCAUUGCCUCAUGUCAUCUAAAUGCUGUUUAUCAGUUUGACAGUUUUGUGUUGGUGUACUCUUUCAAAAUGACUAAUACAUCUAGUAUAGCUGUAUUUUCACUGUCUGGCUUCAAUGCUACAGUCAACUAUAGAGUCACACUUUUCUCUCUCACUUUAUUAUGUUACUGUGCAAUUUUGUUGGUAAAUGUGUCUCUCAUUUUAACCAUAAUCCUGGAUCAAAACCUACAUGAACCCAUGUAUAUUUGUUUGUGUAGCUUGUGUAUCAAUGGACUUUAUGGGACAGCAGGCUUUUACCCAAAAUUUGUUUCUGAUCUUCUGUCUGAUAUUCAUGUAAUAACAUAUGUGGGAUGUUUUUUGCAAGUCUUUGUUAUAUACUCUUACGUAAAGGUUGACUACUCUACUCUAGUUCUAAUGGCCUAUGACAGGUAUGUGGCCAUAUGUCGACCACUGGAGUAUCACUCUGUCAUGUCUGUGCAAAGGACUGCUGUGUUAAUUUGUCUGUCCUGGCUUGUUCCUCUCUGCUGUGAGGUAAUGGUUGUAACUUCGACUUCCAAACUGAAAUUAUGUGGCUCCCACAUUCAGAAACUUUACUGUGAGAACUGGUCAAUUGUUAAACUUGCUUGUAGUUCAACAACAGUAAACAACAUCGUUGGACUGUUUGUUAUAUCCUUCUAUUGUGGGCAUGUCCUCCUCAUUUUAGGUUCAUAUAUGCAGCUGGUAAAAUCAGCUUUGAAGUCAAAAGAGUGCAGGAGAAAGUUUACACAGACAUGUGUGCCACAUUUAUUAUGUUUGCUUAAUGUCACAUCUGCUCUGCUCUUUGACGUCAUGUAUUCAAGGUAUGGAUCAGCAUCUGUAGCACAGCAUGUAAAGAAUUUCAUGGCCAUACAGUUUCUUAUGAUUCCACCUCUACUCAACCCGAUUAUUUAUGGGCUGAUCCUGACGAAAAUUCGAAGUAGACUAUCUUUGUUCAUGAUGGCAGGUCAAAAGUCUAAACUGAGAGUGAAGGUUUGA